AACACAGAUACACACAAACUACACUCUGUAAGCUCCUGUUGCAGCCGACAAUUUGUGAAUAAAAAAUUGUGAUGUUUUUUCUUCAACAUAAUUGUGACCAGUAGCUAUUUUCUCUUUUUUCUAAAAAAAAAAAAAACGGACGGCUCCUGGAAAAUAACGGACCAACCCAUCCGUGGGGUUGUAAGUUUUGUCUUUUAUUUGCAGAAACGGACCAACGCUUUGGUGUUUUCCGAAUUAGGGUUUGUGAUUGGAUCUUCAUCUUCACCAAUCAAUCACCAUAACCAUUACUUGUUCUUCUCUCUCGCCAUGACGGACGGCUCCUGGAAUCGGCAGCAGCAGCCGUUUCUCCCUUCUUCCGCCAUGCUUAAACGACCUCGUACUGAAUACGAUAUUUCACCUUCUGGUCUGACUUCAGGGGGCAAUGAGAUGCAUAAUUAUAUUGGUCGAAAUGAUGACCAUACUGGUCACCGAAUUCUAAAGGACACUAAAACACUUGGAUCUGCUUUUGACCGCUACCUUCAAAGCGCUGGGCAGCUUACUUCGUUUAACUCGGGGGAAGCCAGCGCAAUUGGCAGUGUUGGUUUGGAAAGGGGUGUUGGUGGAUUGCCACGCCAUUCACUAACUGAUCCUGCUGUCAUGGGGCAUCCUGGUGGUGGUCAUGAUCUUGCACGAGGUGGACGGAAUGUCAAUUAUGGUGACCAGUUACCAGUAGAUGCAGCUUCCAUGCCUGGACCUGAGACUGUACCUCUACCCCCAGAUGCUUCAAGUACUUUAUAUGUUGAAGGUCUUCCAUCUGACAGUACGAGACGGGAAGUGGCUCAUAUUUUUCGCCCUUUUGUUGGAUAUAGAGAAGUAAGACUUGUGAGCAAAGAAUCCAAACAUCGUGGUGGAGAUCCUCUAAUCCUUUGUUUUGUGGAUUUUGCAAAUCCGGCCUGUGCAGCAACUGCUCUGAGUGCAUUGCAAGGUUAUAAAGUUGAUGAACUCAAUCCUGAGUCUAGUCACUUGCGGCUUCAGUUUUCUCGGUUUCCUGGUCCCAGAUCUGGACCUGGACCUCGUGGCAAGAGGUGAAGUCGUUCACCCAAGACAUUUAGGUUUUAUGCUUGUCACAAUGACUUGAAUUCCUUUAUCCAUACCAUUCUGGGAUGAGAAUAUUCACGAAUCAAUGUUCUCCACAAGCAAAUAUAAGUCUCCCUCCUGGCUUCGAUCCUAAUUACAGAGCUCGUGAGGUGCACAUAUUAUUUUAACUGGCUGAGAUCAAACUACAUUUGCAUAUGAGCACAAAUCUAACAUGGAGAUUUUUGGGAUGGGCCAAGUCAAUUUAUUGUGUUGUAUAAAUAUUGAUAUUUUUUUAAUGAUCCUAGUUAGCAUUUGUUUUUUGUUGGCCAAAUAAAGGUAUAAUUAUUAUAUUUUAUUUUAUUUAUUUUCAAUAUUAUCUGCUAUACUGGUUGUGUGCUUGUAGGAGCCAAACUUUAGUCUGUUAUUGAGCCAUGGGAAUUACUAGUGUUGGUGACAUUUGGGAUAUAUGGGAAAAUGUUAAUAGUUUUAGGUCU